AUGAAAAAAAAAAACGAUAGUGUUAGGAAGCCUGUUGUGGGGAAGGAAAGGAGUAAUUUGAAAAACGCAGGUAAUGAAAAUGAAAAGACGAAAAAAAAAAAAAAAAAAAAAAAAAUUCCAAAGGAUAAAAUUGAAAAUGAAGAUAAAGUAGAAAUAACCGAAAAGAAGGAAUUGGUGGACAACGUAAAGAUAAACACCUAUAACGAAAAUGAUGAUAAGUUGGUUCGUAAAAUCAUCUCCUACAUGGAGCAAGAAAAGGAAGAAAUGGUCAACAAUUUGUUAAACAAAUACUAUGACGCAGAUAAAAAAACGCCCUUGUUUUAUAUUGAUAUGAAUAUACACCAGUGCAUAUAUGGGGUGUUCUUCCCCUUGUCUAUAAAAGAUAAAUCAUUGUCCAAUAAAACAACAAACAUGUAUUAUGAGAACAGCUGCAUGUACUUUUACAAUGUAACGAAUAACAAAUGCUUGAAUACAAUUUUCCAUUUUUUGAAAGAAUUUUUCAAAGAGCAUGCGUUACAUGAUUUUGAGAACUGUUGUGAAAUGAUGCAGUCGACUUAUUUAUUUUUUUUCAUUUUGCUAACCGACUAUUUUAUGGUAAUUCCAAAGGUUCGCCAUUACUGCGUUGAAAAUUUUAAAAUUUUAUUCAAGCUAAAAACAUACCUUUUUGAAAAGUACAUCAAGCACACAAAUAAAAUCAUACUGAACAAAUUUAUUUUGCUAAACAAGGCAGAAAAUGGAAACAAGAAAAAUGCCUUUUUCUUUUCUGAAACGAAGAUAAUAAAUGGAAUAAAAAAUGAAAACAAAAUAGAGUUUUCCAACAUGACGAUGAGCAUAAUUUCUCCUAAUCAUGUAGACAAACGAUACUUCCUCACGUUGGUAGUAAAAAAUAAAUCAUACGAAUAUAUGGAUGAUUUUAUAUUUCUCGAUUUAUUUAAAAUUCACAUUUUAUCCAAUCCGUCUGUAUCUGCAUCUUUUGGAAUGGACAAAAUGGCGUCUUCUACUAACCAUGCCUGUGGCGAUUAUAGCAACUCGUCUCCCUAUGUCCCGCUUUCUGAUGUAGCUAAUACCUUUCCCAUGGAGGAACAACAAAAUGCCUUUUCAUACAUAUACGAAAUUGAACUUCCCACCUAUAUUUACACUGAUGAGGAGUUGGAAAUAUUCUACAUAGAUACUAAUAAAAAGGUGAGCUGUGCAAAUUUUUUCCCUGUGGAUAAUUUGCAUCAUUUGGGUGAAGGAUCACACCUGCAUGGUACGCAUGCUGAAAUGCCAAACGGAGAAGGGGCAGAGGUAGAAAAAAGACAAAAUGAAACGGAGGAGGAAAGAACUGACAAUUUGGAUUUCCAACAUAUGCACAAUAAGGAGAAUAUCACCACAGAGGAUUCUACUCCCAAAUGCACCGAAGAGGUAAAUUGUGCAAAAGAGAACAUUCGUAUAAAUAUACAAAAUGAGAAACAUGUUAAGGCCUGCGAUAUGAGUAAGGAGAAAAGAGAAAAUACCUUACAGGAAUGCUCAAAAACAAAAAAGCCAUAUGAUGAAAUAAAUAUAGUUAAAGUACAAAGUGAGAAAAUUGCACUAAAUAAUAAAACAUAUGUAAGAAUUUAUAGCAACCGAAUUAGCAACUAUUAUAUCAAUCUGAAUAGCAUAAGUAAUUUCCCAUAUAUCCAGUGGGAAAUCAAAUAUUGUGAAAAUAAAGUUGUUGCAAUGAUAAGGAACCGAAAUGGUAAGAGCUUUAUUUUCCACAUUGAUGAAUAUGGUAUGGAACUACAAGACAACGGAAUAGACGUUCUCAAGGACUUAUACAACUGCACACUAGACGUAUACACCUUACUAUUUUUAUUGAAGAAAAAGGGAAUUAACCUCUUAGUUACAAAUGUAGAAGUAGAGAAGAUGCUUGAAAAGGAGAGGUAUCAUAUGGCGGAAGACCAAACAGAGGAACUUUUAAUAAACGAUAUUUUAUUGUGCUUUCGAUUUAUGGCCUUUUAUUCCGGGGAUGUAAGCCUGGCUAACGGGACAAAAUCGAAAAUGAUGGUUAGCGUGAAGGGACCACUGACCGAUUCGCUAAAUGUGGAGUAUGAGGAAAAUUUUUGCAGAAUUGCCAAAAUCGAAACGGAAGAAAGCGAAAAAAAGUUCAUCAAAAAUUUGACGAGACAUAAAUCCAUCCUGUAUUGCCUAUUUGAGCUGUGCGAAUUUAUCAAUUUAAAUAAUAAGAAAGAAAAGACAAAGUUGGGGGAUACGACAAAACAAGAGAAUAAUGACGAUGAAAAAAAUGAUGUAGUGAAUUUUCAAAAUUUUUUAACUAACAUUUUUUCACGUAACAGCAUUGAAAAAAUGAAUGAAGUGGUAAUAAAGGAUGAGGAUAACUUAAAAAAAAAUUCCUUACAGGUAGACGAUGCCGAAACAUUAUCCGCAAAUGAUUACAAAAACUUGUUUGAAUUAAGCCCAAUGGUGCAUAAUUUGCAUACCUUUUUGAGGCUUACCAGGGCUGUAUCAUUUACGGGCGUUUAA